CCGCGCUCUCAUACUUACACACGACUUGUUCUCCGUAGUCUUCUUUUAUGCAUCUCAGGCUUUAGUCGCACCACUCACCACGCUCACUGCCAUGGAGUCAGACUCUAGCUCGAGCUCAAUUCGUAGUCCUGAUCAUCCACUGGUGGAAUCGGACGCCAAGUCCCCUGACAUGGGCGAAUUAGAAUACGGCUCAACCUCUCCCGAACCCCGCAAUGCCUGGUACACACGAGUGCGAAACCGUGCUGCUGACAAGUACCCUGGCACAUACGGCAGAGCACUUCAAUGGUACAGGUGGACUCUGGGACCAAGGCCUAAGGUUGAUCUACCAGAUCCUGUACCAUUGUUGGAUAGGGAUGUAGAGCUGAAGAACAAGACCAUCACACUCCGCGUCGAAUCUCAGUUCAUGAGAAUCUCUCGUCGACUCACCUCGCCAUGGCUUUUCCUCUUCCUCGCCGUUGCGUACAUCAUCGGCCUCUCCUUCUUUUCCCGUGCCAACUCGUUCAUGACACCUAGUGACUCUUGGAUCGGCUGUACCUCGACGUUUUGGCUUGCGAACGACGGAUGUGGUCUUGACGGCGCGAGCUGUGCUCCGUUCGACGACUCUACGGUUGACUUCCGUUGCCCGGCCCAGUGUGCCUCGGUCGUUCUUCAGAACCCGCGGACGGUGGGAAACGAACAGACGGAGUGGGUGCCAUUGAUCGUGGGUGGUGGGGAUGACAACUGGACAUAUCGGGGAGAUACAUUCAUCUGUGCGGCUGCACUCCAAGCCGGCCUCUAUGACGACUCCGUUGGAGGGUGUGGGACCGUCAGCCUCCUCGGAAACUUCACGGACUUCCUCCCACGCGUAGCCAAUGGACUCACAUCCAUCCGGUUUCCUACCAUCUUCCCCCUCUCGUACCGCGUCACCCCGUCUUCUGCUCUAACACAAUGCAGCGAUCUGCGCAACGAUGCACUGGCCCUGAACGUCAUAGUCACCGCGAUAAUCUUCAUGGUUCUUCGCCCCAGACCCAUCAUCUUGUUUUGGUGUUUGGUUUGUAUUGGCUUCUGGCACGUUACGCUCUUUUCGCAACCUCGGACAAACCCCCCAGACCUCGCGGACGCAUUUGGGACGUUCCUGCCCACCUUGUUCAUCUGCUAUGCGUUCUGGCGCAUGGCGAUCCGGCAUGUUUUACCUGUCUUCUCAAAGACAAUGCCAAUAGAGGGUGGAAUAUGGUUCCUUGGACCAUAUUGGGUGACCAUCCUGACGAAUCUCACUACUGACAAGAUUCCCAUUGAUCGACUGACGGCGGCGGAUAUCAAAGCUCAGCCAGGCGGGCUCACUGCCCUGAUCAUCAUAAUAAUCGUCCUCAUUUUCAUCGUCGUCAACCAAAUCCGAGUGAUUCGCAAGACAGGUUGGCUGCCGCAUUACUUGCGCUGGUACAUCUUUGGUGGCCUCACCGUCCUCGUUCUGGCAUUCCUACCCACUUUGAACCUGCGCAUCCAUCACUAUGUCCUUGCUAUGGCUCUCAUCCCGGGAACCGCCUUCCCAACGAGACUGUCGGCGAUAUACCAAGGCUUCCUCCUGGGUAUGUUCCUGAAUGGAGCAGCUGCCUGGGGUUUCGACUCUAUCCUACAAACCGCGGCGCAGCUCCAGCGAGACGCCGCGUCGGGUAGUGCUCUCCCCUCGUUCCUCACCAAUUCCACAACGUACAAUGCAUCUGUCCCUCUACAAAACCAGACCAUUUUCUGGGAUGCGUUGCCCAGCGGGGAUGAUUGGGACGGUUUCGAGCUUCUGGUGGACGACGUUGAGCGAUACGUCGGAACGGCACUCAAUUUCUCGCUAUCGUCACUAGCAGAUGGCAUCCCGCACUUCUUCAGGCUUGCCCUCACGAACGGUGGAAGUGCUGGUGACUUCACGAUGGCUGCUACUCUUUGGCCGAAUGGGACAUGGGUGGACCCGCUCUCUGGCCCUUCGUGAUCGAGUCUCGACCAGCUGCAUACAAUCGCAGUACACGGAGGUAUUGUGGUGGAGGGUAUCGUUAUCUGAUGCUUGGAUUGUUUUACGUGGUAUGGACUCGAUAUGGACAUCUGUGUAUUCCUGUGGCUAUUUUCCUGUCGGUGUUUAGCUCUAAUAGUGUUUUUGGAUUGGACGCAUGAAGAUCUCGUGGCGGCGCAAUGUGACUGAGCCGGAGCAUAUGUUUGGGAGAGUUGCUGUGCAGUGAGCCAGAGGAUUUCUGGGUGGUAAUACGCGAAAUUAACCGUACAAUCGUAUCAGUGAAGAUUAG